GUCUCUCUUCCGCCUUCCUCCUCCUCUCCAGGUAGGGUGGAGCUGUGUCUUCCUGGACUCUGACACACAGGAGGGUGAGAAGAUUCAAUAAUGCACUUAUAGUCGGACUUUGGAGCUCUUUCAUCGACGUACAUUCACAUAUCACUUUGGGUCAGCAGGUCACGUUAUGAGCCAGCCGCCCCGCUCCAACCGGGGGCACCGGGAGAGAAACGGAGACCACCGACACAACCGAGACUCUCGCGAUGACAGGCGGGCAUCACCUGACAGGUCUUCCUCUCGACCCCCUUACUACCCCAGAGAGGCUGACUCUCCUCCCAGACAUGUGCGGGAGGUCCCUCGAGUGGAGCAUCAUGAGUCCAAAUGUACAAACAUUUGCUCCAGGAGAGGCAUCGUGUUAAUCUGUGCUGUCCUGACCAACGCCCUGGUCCUGAUCUGCGUGGUUGCAGCUCAGAUGGUGUCGUCAGGCCUGUCCUCCAUGGGUGGACUAGGUGGUUUUGACAUCAACUCCAACUUCAACCUGCAGGGCACCGAGCUGCAGAAGGUCCGAGAACUGGACAUGCAGUACAGCCAGAUGAGGGCGCCGGGGAUCUACGGUGGCAUCGCCUUCAGCCUGACCCUCGGGGUCCUCUCGCUGCUGUUUGUUGUCGCUGGGAGCAAACCGCCCCACCGGAUGUCCCGGAAGCUUCUGUAUGGAGCGCUGGUGUUUCAGGCAGUGGGCGCAGUGGCUUACGUGGUGGCUGUGGGGCUCUACCUGCACUUCAUCAUCGGGGUCAACUCCACAGACGUGUGUCAGCAGCGUGAGAGGCUGUACGCUCGGAACGGCUACACUUGGAUGAACUGUGAUGUGAGCGGGGCGGACGCAGCCGUGGCUCUGUUUGGGCUCAUCACGGCCAUUUUGUACACUGCCGGCACGGUGCUCACCAUCCAGACGAUCAGAGGGGUGAAGCGCUACCUGCAGGAGCGACAGCGCAGAGAGGCAGAAAAACAGCAGGGUCGCUCCCAGCCACAGAGAGCCCCACUGAGGGCUGCCACCACCUCUGUGUGAGGAUGAACAUGUGGGGGCUGUAUCACGCGUAAGAUCAGCGGGUACACAGCUGUCUGUGAGCUUAACUGAGGGGUUCUGGCAUCAAAUCACAGUGGAAACUUGGGCUGCAGUGCUAAUCUGCUCUGAAGCAUCAGAUCCAAAACUGAUCCAACCAGCCUAAUUACCGAUCAAAUCAUUGGAAAACAAGAGGCAUUAUUCCUACAGGAUCUCAGUGGAUACAAGUUUACAGUAUUGUGACGAGUAAUGAAGAGCAAUAUAAAGGUCCUGAGAGGUCGAGGUUAGCUGUCAUGUUUUUUUUGGAGUUUUACAUAAAAAAACAUUUUGCUUUACUCUGAUCCAUAGUCAAAGCCUGGGAUGAUGGUAAAACAGAGCAUGGAUGUAUCAUAAUAUAUAAUGAAUUAUUCACAGUUGCUGCCAUCUCUUCCUGUGAGGCUCACCCACAAGUCAGGGUUCAAAGCAUGUGUCUGACUUUAUGAUGCAAUAUUUGUAGAAUGUACAGUAUAUAUCAGCCCAAUAUUGGGAUGUUUAUAUGGUCGGCUUCAUGUUGUCAUCGGUAUAGCAGUUGUUUUGUUUUUUUUUACUGUUAUACUGCUCUGGAAUUUUAAAUCAGCCAUCAUCUCAGCCCUUCUUACCCUGUAGGCAUACAUUGCAAAAUCCAUGUUGUGCAUCCCUUUUUCUUAGCUUAUGAUGAUACAUAUGGAGCUGUAAAAAACAGUAGAACUGUAGCCAGAGCAAAAGUAAUAGAAGCUGUCACAGUUUUAAAUCUAGCCAGAGCCUCACCUUUCUCUGUGGAUCGGGGACGGGUCUGAAAGAUAAUACAAAAGUUUGGAAUUUGGAAAAGAAAAUAUAGCACCAUGACACAAGCUUUCAGUUGCUCUUUAGAACCAAAAUUAUUUUAAAGCUAGAGGAAACCUUUUUUGCACAACCAUAUGUCCAGGAUGGGUUGAAAACAGACUUGCUAUAGUAGACAGCUGCCUAUGGUUUUAAAGGUUUUUUUUUUACCUUCCCUACAGUGUUGGUGCUUUGAUACCUCUAUUCAAUUGCUACAGUUCAGGAAAACAUGAGGCUGAUUAUUUUACAUUUUUAGACUCAAUUAAGCCCCUUUUCCAAUGAUAUAGCUUUGGUUCUUCAACCAACCAUCAACCUUUCAAGAUUCUUGGGAAUUUUAAACAGCCUGCAUUUUUACCCCUUCUUAGUUGAAACAUUGUAAUCAAUUAUUCAGGUGUUGCACAAUGCAGAAUGACAAAUGCCCACAAAGGGGGUGCCAAAUAACAGGAGACAAAAAAACACCUAAUGUCAUUGUGUUGAUUUGUUAAAAUUAUACAUGCACCAUUUGGUACUGUACCUCUGGCAGCAGUAACAGCCUGACGGUAUUUUAGCUUGUUUUAUCACAUUCUAUCUGUGAUUACAUUGUGUAUAUUUGACCUGGUUUAACAUCAGUUUUUGUUGAUGUCGUAAAAUUGUGUGUUAUUACGUUUUCACCCACCAUCACAUUUAAUACUCCAGUCAUGGCUCUGAUGAUGCCGCAUGUCAUAAGCUUUUAAUUUUAUGUGAAUGUGCUUAUGACUGGAUCAGGACAUGGAACCGGUUAAUGACCAGCCUCUUCAGCUGACAGAGAGACUUUAAACUGAUUUAAUUUCAGCUGUCUUUGUGAUACAGGUCCGACCUGGGAGGACAGGGACUGUUCGUAUGUCGGAUUAGUGAUUGUGUGUGAUUUAUAUAAAUGUGUUUAACCUGUAAACUACUUUAAUGAAUGUUUUUAUAUCACAGUUUGACUUUUUUAAGUAAAAGAUUUUGAUACUGAAACUGUACCUGAAUUGUUCUCCUCAAAUUAAAACUCUAUCACUGUGA